AUGGAACAUAUCCAAACCUCAGUCCAGCUGAAGUUCCCCGUAUCUAUUCAUCACAAGGCUUUUGGCUUUGCAAGGCUGCUUCAGCUACUCAGAGUGGAACCCGCCGGCCCGCUGGCGGGGCGCACAUCCUCCGGCCGGGAAGCGCUCCGGGCCUCGGGGCUCCCGCCGGGCAGACUGGCAGCAUCGCCGGGCGCCGCUGCCCCCCCGGAGGGCGGGUGCGAGGCCCGGCCCGGCCCGGCCCGGCGGGGCGAAAGCCGCAGCCAGGCAAAGCCCUUUGCGGAGGCGGCCGCUGAUGGUAUAUACACCUGCUCAAAAUGCAGCUACGAACUCUUCUCUAGCAAGUCUAAGUUCAGUCACUCGACGCCAUGGCCAGCUUUUACAGAGCCGAUCCACGAGGACAGCAUUUCCAAGUACUUAGAAAGAUCGGGAGCUUUCAAGGUCUCCUGUGGCAGGUGUGGCAAUAGUCUUGGCCACGAGUUUAUUAAUGAUGGCCCGAAGAAGGGCCAGUCUCGCUUCUGAAUAUUCAGUAGCUCUCUCAAGUUCAUCCCUAAAGACAAAGGUGAGAAGAACUAAAGGGAGCGAGCAGGCUUUGCCACCGGCCCACCCACGCUGCUUCUGGAUGAGCCGUCCAAACAAGAUCCUUCGGCAUGACCCUUCCACAUGGGAUGGGAAUUGUUUCUUCUCCCACCCCAACCAUUUUUUCAAGGCAGGCAGGAUAGAGGUUAGCAAAUAAAGACAUUUUCCUACUUCCCACCAUUUUUUACAGCUGUGCCCAGGAAGGCAUUCAUUUCCUGCUGCUUUAUGCCUUCCAUUUUAGCAGUAUCUGAUUUCAGAACGUUGUCCCAUCAGCUGGACUUCCCCUCCCAACUUCUCACUCAGGUGGAAGACCAACUCAGGUGUGCCCGGCUGCAGGGGUCCGGAUGUUUGCUUCCCUCCAAGCAGGGAGCCAUCCACCUCUGAGGUGCAGUAUCUCAGGAGGUAGCUUGCUCAGGCCAGUGUCCCUUUGCUGAAGUUAGCACACUCUAAGGUGAAUUUCAGAUGCCACGAAUUCUGCCCGACCUGUAUCACCCCCUGAGAAACACUGCCAGCACCUGGUUAGCCGCCUGCAUUCCUGGCAGCCCAGCUUGGGAUGGGCCAGAGUUUUGGAUUCAACCCCCUCAGCAGCCUGCUAACAAGUCCUGCAGCCACUCAGGCAUGUUUCCUUCACCUUGGAAGUGCCGUUGGCCCUGGGUAGCUGCGUGUGUCCUGAAGGAGUGGGUGUGAGCAACUCGGGGGCCUCCAGAGGGUCAGGUUUGUCAUGUGGGUCCCCAGCUGCCUUCAGUCCCUUCUGGAGGCGAUGGUGAAUACACAUGGUCACUGCGCCGAGAAAGCGCCCCUCGCAUCGGUCCAGUCUGCAGCAGCCCAGCAGUUGUGCUCCGGCAGCAGCUCUGGCAUUGUGCAGGCUCCUGGACGCACUUCCAGGAUGGUGCUGCUGCCUGCUUUCGGGGAGGCUCCAGCGCAGCCCUUCUGUGCUUGUACCACCCUGAGGACAGUCUCAGGGACGGGCUCACCUGGUCCCAGGGCCUGGGCAUUCCGCCCAUCCUGUGGCCGCCACUUUUUCUGGCCCUGACCUCUUCGUGAGCAGGCCUUCGUGGCAUAUGAAGCCAUAACCUGUGCUAAACCAGCCGAGUUGCUUCGCCCCCACCGUUGCUGUGGGGCAUUUUCCAGUGUGGUUUCAUUGCAUGAAUUGCCCCACAUAAACCCUUCUGCGGGAGGAGGGGUAAGGAACUCCUAGAUGAACUGCCCGGAAAAUGCACCAGGCAAUUAACAUCAGAUUGCCAGUAUUUUUUCUGAUAUGGCUCUUGUGCUUUUAGGAUGCUUUUUCCACUGUCAUGUAGGUUUUGGCCUAGAAAAGCUUAACCUGUGAAAUAUCUGCCUGUGAGGCAGGUGUUAAUGCCACAGAGGCUGUUUUGGAAAACAAAAGCCAGCAUUUUGAUUGCCAUUCAAUUUUCACAUGCUUUUCUAGCUAUUUUUAUGGUUAAGAAGCAAAUUGGACAUAAUUCUGAGAUUGGCUUGUAGCAUUUAACAGCAGUUUGCUGUUAAUCUCCAGGUUGCAUUUCCAUUUAAGUUGGGACAAUGGAAAGGCUAAUAAAUAACCCUUCUGGUUAUUCAAUUUUAAAGUAACACAAGGAUCUACUGACCUCACCUGUGCCAAGAACUUCUAAGUGCUGGAGGUUACCUGACAUGUUGGAUGGCAGUUUCCCGCCUUGGCCGAAGUAGAGGGAGUGAUGUGGAUUUUGCUGGCUUUUUGAUGGUAUGGCAGGUUUAUGAACGGAAGGUGCACGAAGGUAAAGGCAAGAUACACAGCAUGAGCACUCAUCCCUCCCAUGCGGCAGCAGUCUGGAAAGAGUCGCGGUGACCUCUGCUUUGCUCUUACCAGCCUCCAGAAAGUGUUCCCAGGAUGACUAUGGAACUUGCAAGAGGAAGGCACUGCAUCUCAGCUGUAUAAAUGCCAAAGCCCGGGAGGGUUGAGAACCCCGCCUUGGCACUGAAGGUCCCAUUUCAUUUUGUUGAUUACAUUUUGCUCCUGUCCAAUAGCCAAGGCACUGUGAGUGGUUUACAACAGUUACGGUGAUAAAGUUGCAAUAUAAUCUUACAGAGACUUGUAUCUGGCCCUGUGAUUGGUUGACCUGUGCUCUGGGUUCACAGAUGGACACCACCUUUGUCUGUCUUGCCUCCGGUGGCAGGUACAAGGGGAGAUAUCUGUGAUCUCAGAAAUUCAACUCUGAAUGUGAUGUUCCAGAGUAGCCUCUUGGUUUGGCUGUUCUUCUCCCACCUGUGCAAAUAUGGAGCCGGUCAAUAGAACAGUGAAUAAAAUCCUUGCAGACACAA